GGAGCCACAUAUCGAAAGAAGCGAAGCGGAAAACUGUAAAGUGGCAUAUGAGAGCUCAUAAGCUAGCAUAAAUAUACGAGAAAAUGUCGUCUAAUUCUUCUACCUAUCGUCGUGCUAAGACCAUAACUGAAACAGUUACGAUAAUGAAUAAAAGCUUAAAAAUUGCACCUGGCGCAGUAGUAUGUGAGGAGAGUAUUCUGAAAGGUGAUAUCACCAUUGGUGCGAAGACCAUAAUCCAUCCUAGAGCAUGCAUUCUAGCAGAAGCUGGUCCGAUCAUUAUCGGAGAAGGCAACAUAAUUGAAGAAAUGGCAACUAUAGCCAAUAGAUUGCCACCCGAUGUUCCUGAACCUACAACAGUACCAGUGCAAAUAAUAGGGAACUAUAAUGUCUUUGAAACUGAUUGUACUUGUGAAGCAUUUAAAGUUGGUGAUAACAAUAUUUUAGAGAUCAAAGCACAUGUUGCUCGCGAAGUCGAGUUGACCAAUGGUUGCGUUAUUGGGGCUGCAUGUUCUUUGACGGAAACAGAAAGUAUACCAGAAAAUACAAUAGUAUAUGGAAGCGAAUGUCAACGUAGAGAAAUGAAUGACAAACCAUAUCCACAGAUUGGACAGUUGGACUUUCUGCUAAAAGUACUCCCAAACUAUCACCACUUUCGAAAAUCGAAUAUAAAGCCAAAAGUCGCACCCACAAAUUGAUUCUUUGUAACAAUAAAAAGAGAGAACGCUUCUGAAUUCUUACACCAAUCGUAAACAAAUUUUAUUCAUAAUUAUUCAGCAACACAAAAUAUACUUAUUUGUAUCUCUA